GGUCUUUGUGGCUCGCGGCUGUAGGUUCGCGGCUCGUGCCCUGGCGGCUCCUGAGCUUCGCGGAAAGAAGAGAUUACUCAAAAGAAACUCCGAAGUAGAGGACCCAGUUGUAGUGAGCUUUUUGCUAAGCUGUUUCAGCCCAGAACGGGUAUGGAAUCCAGAGCAGUUUCAACCCCAAUACCUCAGAAUUCUCAGGAACAAGAGCUAAUACUAGUGAAAGUAGAAGAAAGCCUUUCUUGGGGUCAGAAACUUAAGCAGAAUGGGAGUACCCGAUCCUGCCAGGAAUUGUUUCGCCAGCAGUUCAGAAAGUUUUGCUACCAGGAGACACCUGGGCCCCGGGAGGCUCUGGGCCGACUCCAGGAGCUUUGCUGUCAGUGGCUGAGGCCAGAGUUGCACACGAAGGAGCAGAUCCUGGAGCUGCUGGUGCUGGAGCAGUUCCUGAGCAUCCUGCCUGAGGAGCUGCAGAUCUGGGUUCAGCAACACAGUCCAAAAAGUGGCGAGGAAGCUGUGACUCUGUUGGAGGAUUUGGAGAGGGAAUUUGAUGAUCCAGGGCAGCAGGUCCCAGCUAGUCCACAGGGACCAGCAGUGCCAUGGACGGAUUUGACAUGUCUUGGAGCAUCCCAGGAGUUAACAAACAUCGAACUCCAGCCUCUAAAGACACAGCUGAAACCCUGGGAACCUUGCCUUUCCCCCAGAAGCGAUUGUGAGAAUAAUGGAUCAGCAACAAAGAAGGACAUUUCAGGAGAGAAAUCGCAAAGACUUCCCCAGGAGCCUUCAUUUGGAGGAAUUAGUGAACAUGAAAGCAGUUCAGAGUGGCAGCAAGGAAGUGCUACAGGGGAGAUAUUAAGAAGAUCCCCUUUCCAAGGGGGCAGUUUUAGUCAAGUAAUCUUCACACACAAAUCUCUAGGAAACAAAGACCAUCCUGAGCCCCAGAGAAGCUUGAUUCUAAAUACAAACUCUAUAACGUAUCAGAAAGUUCCUACAGAAGAGAGACCUUACAGGUGUGAUGUAUGCGGGCACAGCUUCAAACAGCAUUCUGCUCUAACACAACAUCAGAGAAUCCAUACUGGAGAAAAGCCAUACAAAUGUAGCCAGUGUGGGAAGGCCUUUAGUUUGAGGUCCUAUCUUAUUAUUCAUCAGAGAAUUCAUAGCGGUGAGAAAGCAUAUGAAUGUAGUGAAUGUGGGAAGGCCUUCAACCAGAGCUCAGCCCUCAUUAGACAUCGGAAAAUCCAUACUGGUGAGAAAGCUUGUAAAUGUAAUGAAUGUGGCAAAGCAUUCAGUCAAAGUUCAUAUCUCAUUAUCCAUCAAAGAAUUCACACUGGUGAGAAACCCUACGAGUGUAAUGAGUGUGGGAAGACCUUUAGCCAAAGCUCAAAGCUUAUUAGACACCAGCGAAUUCAUACAGGAGAAAGACCUUAUGAAUGUAAUGAGUGUGGAAAAGCUUUCAGGCAGAGCUCAGAGCUGAUAACCCAUCAGAGAAUACAUAGUGGAGAGAAACCCUAUGAAUGUAGUGAGUGUGGAAAAGCCUUCAGUCUGAGCUCAAACCUCAUCAGACACCAGAGAAUUCACAGUGGAGAGGAACCUUAUCAGUGUAAUGAGUGCGGCAAAACCUUCAAAAGGAGCUCAGCCCUUGUUCAACAUCAGAGGAUCCACUCUGGGGAUGAGGCUUACAUAUGUAGUGAAUGUGGGAAGGCUUUCAGGCACAGAUCAGUCCUCAUGCGCCAUCAGAGAGUCCACACUGUAAAGUGACUUAUGAAUACUGUAAAUACUUCAGUCAGGCUUCUAUCUUUGUUCGUCAAAAGGGUUUAAUUUACUUUGGAGUAAGACUCCAUGGAGGUGGUUGUACAGCACUAGGUCUCGAAUCAAUCUGACUUUAUACAGCACUUGCCAGUGCUCAUGCACAUUGUCCCCUGAAAGCUUUUCCUGUCACUAAUUAGAAAAGCAGACAGAAGAAUCAUUGCUUCCACCUUUCUCUUACCAGUAAGAAUACUCAGGAACUGCGAAAGACAGGACUAUAACAUUGAAACAUCAUUUUCCAUGAGAAUGUCACAAAGGACACAGCAGCUCUUGUCACUGCAUCUAAUUGUCAGUGGGUCAGAUUUGGAGGAUGGUGUGGAGAAUAUAAGGGACAUUUUGUCUCAGGAAUGCAAAAAUUUUACUGACCAGUUAAGAACAGUGGAAGGGCAACAAGAUAUGGGGAAACAGUUUCAUCGAUGACUUACUGAGCCCAGAGCAGACCAGAAGUGAGAUAGUGAAAAGGAAAUACAAAUUAAGUUUCCACCAGUUAUUUUUUGAGUGGCUGCUUUGUGCCAGGCACUAGGGAUACAGUGGAAAAUAAGACCAUACCUUCAGUUUCACGGACGACACAAACAGUGACACUGGUACGAUCAGUGCUGUGUGAUGUUAAGGAGUACCUGGCCCAACCUUGGAUCAGGGAAGGCUUCUGAGA